AUGGUGGAAAUUCGUAAAUUUUUAGAAGAGUACAAGGCGCAGCCGCUAAAAGAGGAUGUUGAACAUAUGACAGGUCAAGAAUUAGUGGACUACAUAAAUACAAAUCAAAACCUUUACAAGGCGAGAUACAAGCCAGGAAUUGAGAGAUUUGUCCAGUCGAGAAUUAUGAAAGCAAAGUACAUGGAUAAAACCUUCGCUGAAAAAACGGUGGAACGUAGAGAAUUCCUCGGAGACGAUCCUCUUCCUGAGAGCUUUGAUGCACGUGAUAAAUGGCCGAAAUGCGCUGGGAUAAUUGGCCACAUUCGAGACCAGUCCGAAUGCGGGUCUUGUUGGGCUGUAGCAAGCACCGAAGUAAUGUCAGAUCGUUUGUGCAUCCAAUCAGACGCGAAAUACGCGGUGCACAUCUCCGACACUGAUUUGCUUGCUUGCUGCGGAUUAGUGUGCGGCGGAUGUGACGGUGGCUAUACACUUGAAGCCUGGAUCUACUUCAAAAGAUCGGGUAUCUGCACAGGGGGACCAUAUGGGGACAAGAAUUGCUGCAAACCAUAUGCAUUCUACCCGUGUGAUAAACACGAAAAUCAAACUUAUUACGGACCAUGCCCCCCUGACGGUUGGGAAACUCCGACAUGCCGUAAUAGGUGUCAUUUUAGUUAUCGCAAAGAUUAUGAGACUGACAAGUUUUGGGGAAAGGAUGUAGACCUUACGGGCAAAAAUGAGACUAACAUCAGAAAGGAAAUAUAUAGAAAUGGACCAGUGAUAGCAUCCUUUGACGUUUAUGCUGACUUCAUAUACUAUGAAUCGGGAGUAUAUGUGCACAAAACUGGAGCCUAUAAAGGUGGACAUGCCGUAAAAAUUAUUGGAUGGGGCACAGAGAACGGAGUACCUUACUGGUUGGUUGCAAACUCCUGGAACACUGACUGGGGAGAAAACGGAUUUUUCCGCAUACUUCGUGGAACGAACGAGUGCGACAUUGAAAGGGGUAUAUUAUGCGGAGACGUUGAUCUUGAUAAGGUUCACUAA